UCCGAGAGUCUCCGAUCGUGCUUCCCUCACUAGCCUUUCUGUUUCUCGGCGUCGACUCGACAGAUCUUUCAGUCCUUAGGAUCCGCCGACAAAAAAGGGUAUGCUCUGGCUGUGGUUAUCUCUCCUUCUAUUGGGCAGUUUCUGAGCACAAGGUAUCUCGGGCUCUGCCUCUAGAUUAGAGUAGACAGAUGGGUCGUCUAAAGUUGCAAUCUGGAAUCAAUGCUAUUGAGGAAGAGCCCGAGGACUUUGAUAGUUCUGAUUCAAGCAACACAGUUACGUUAGCCUGCAUGAUUGAUACAGAAAUUGCCGCAGUUUUGGCGGUUAUGAGGAGAAAUGUCAGAUGGGGAAGUCGAUAUAUGUCGGGUGAUGAUCAGCUAGAACACUCUCUGAUUCAGUCAUUGAAAUCUCUAAGAAAACAAAUAUUCUCGUGGCAGCAGCCAUGGCAUACAAUUAGUCCAGCAUUGUAUCUCCGUCCUUUUCUAGAUGUGAUACGUUCAGAUGAAACUGGAGCACCAAUAACCAGCAUUGCUUUGUCAGCAGUUUAUAAGAUUUUGACUCUUGAUGUAAUUGAUCAAAACACUGCAAAUAUCGAGGAUGCUAUGCACUUGGUAGUUGAUUCUGUGACAAGCUGCCGAUUUGAGGUGGCAGAUCCUGCAUCUGAAGAGGUUGUGCUGAUGAAGAUACUUCAGGUGCUUUUGGCAUGUAUGAAAAAUAAAGCAUCAGUUGUGCUCAGCAACCAGCAUGUCUGCACUGUAGUCAACACUUGUUUCCGUAUUGUUCACCAAGCAGGACAACGUGUAGCUCGCCACACCAUGCAUGAACUGGUUAGAUGUAUCUUCUCGCACCUCCCAGAUAUUGACAGAACAGAAAAUGCCCUUGUCAAUAGAGCUGGAAGCAUCAAGCAAGAGAAUGCUGGUGUAGACGGUGAUUAUGCCUUUGCGAGUAAGCCAACCAACAAUGGAAAUGCUAACUCUGAAUGUGCUACUGAAAAUACCUUGGCAACUUUUGAAUAUGGAGCUCCCGGCUUGAUGGAUGAUGGAAGAGUUGGGAAUGGAAGCAGAAAGGAUGCUUCACCAUAUGAUUCGCAUCUGAUGACAGAGCCAUAUGGUGUCCCGAGUAUGGUUGAAAUAUUUCACUUUUUAUGCUCGUUACUAAAUGUGGUCGAACAUGUUGGAAUGAGCCCCCAGUCAAACACCAUAGCAUUUGAUGAAGAUGUGCCUCUUUUUGCGUUGAGCUUAAUCAACUCAUCCAUCGAAUUGGGAGGUGUGUCCAUCCGCCAUCAUCCGAGAUUGUUAAGCCUGAUUCAGGAUGAGUUAUUUCGUAACUUGAUGCAGUUUGGCUUGUCAAUGAGCCCCCUUAUUCUUUCGAUGGUUUGCAGCAUCGUGCUCAAUCUGUAUCAUCAUCUACGCACUGAACUUAAACUGCAUCUGGAGGCAUUCUUUUCUUGUGUGAUUCUGAGGCUUGCACAGGGCAAAUAUGGGGCUUCCUAUCAGCAGCAAGAGGUUGCUAUGGAGGCUCUUGUUAACUUCUGUAGGCAGAAGACCUUUAUGGUGGAGAUGUACGCCAAUCUCGAUUGUGAUAUAACUUGCACCAAUGUUUUUGAAGAGCUGUCGAAUCUCCUUUCCAAGAGUGCAUUUCCUGUAAACGGUCCUUUGUCGGCAAUGCACAUUCUUGCUCUGGAUGGCCUGAUUGCUGUCAUUCAGGGAAUGGCUGAGAGGAUAGGUAAUGGAUUGGCUGGUCUGGAUCUAAGUCCGGUCCACCUCGAUGAAUACACACCUUUCUGGAUGGUUAAGUGUGACAAUUACGGUGAUCCAAAUCAUUGGGUUUCAUUUGUCCGCAGGAGAAAGUAUAUCAAGAGAAGGUUAAUGAUUGGGGCAGAUCAUUUUAACCGGGAUCCAAAGAAAGGGUUGGAGUUUCUACAAGGGACGUAUCUUUUACCUGACAAACUUGACCCACAAAGCGUAGCUUGUUUUUUCAGAUAUACCGCUGGACUGGACAAGAACCUUGUUGGGGAUUUUCUGGGAAAUCAUGAUGAAUUCUGUGUUCAAGUUCUCCAUGAAUUUGCUGGAACUUUCAAUUUCCAGGACAUGAAUCUUGAUACUGCACUCCGACUCUUCUUGGAAACUUUCAGGUUGCCUGGAGAAUCGCAGAAAAUACAGAGAGUGCUUGAGGCAUUCUCUGAAAGGUACUAUGAGCUAUCGCCACAGAUUUUUGCUAACAAGGAUGCUGCUCUUUUACUCUCGUACUCUCUUAUUAUGCUGAACACUGAUCAGCACAAUGUUCAAGUGAAAAAGAAGAUGACAGAAGAGGAUUUCAUUCGUAAUAAUAGGCAUAUCAAUGGAGGAAGUGACCUACCCCGAGAAUAUCUGUCUGAACUCUAUCACGCAAUCUGCAACAACGAGAUUCGAACUACUCCAGAACAAGGUGCUGGUUAUCCUGAAAUGACUCCCAGUCGCUGGAUUGAUUUGAUGCAUAAAUCGAAGAAAACCGCUCCAUAUAUUGUGGCUGACUCAAGGGCCUAUCUUGACCAUGAUAUGUUUGGUAUUAUGUCUGGCCCAACCAUCGCUGCCAUAUCUGUCGUAUUUGACCACACAGAACAUGAAGAUGUUUACCAGACAUGCAUCGCCGGAUUCUUGGCUGUUGCGAAAAUAUCUGCUUGCCAUAAUCUUGAAGAUGUUCUCGAUGACCUGGUUGUGUCUCUCUGCAAGUUCACAACUCUGUUGAAUCCGUCAUCUGUUGACGAACCAGUUCUUGCAUUUGGUGAUGACACAAAGGCAAGGAUGGCAACUGUUGCCGUUUUUACAAUUGCAAACAAGUACGGGGAUUAUAUCCGUACGGGUUGGAGAAACAUUUUGGACUGCAUCUUACGGUUACAUAAACUCGGCCUUCUACCAGCUCGUGUAGCCAGCGAUGCAGCUGAUGAAUCUGAGCUAUCAUCUGAUCCAGGACAAGGGAAACCCAUCACAAAUUCUCUAUCUUCCGUUCAUUUACCAUCAGUGGGAACUCCUAGGAGAUCUUCCGGUUUGAUGGGGAGAUUCAGUCAGCUCCUUUCGCUUGACACAGAGGAGCCAAGAUCACAACCUACCGAACAACAGCUUGCUGCUCAUCAACGCACCCUUCAAACAAUCCAGAAAUGCCACAUUGACAGCAUAUUCACGGAAAGCAAGUUUCUGAAAGCGGAAUCUUUGCUGCAGCUUGCACGUGCUCUCAUCUGGGCGGCAGGGCGGCCUCAAAGAGGAAACAGUUCUCCAGAGGACGAGGAUACUGCAGUUUUCUGCCUAGAACUGCUUAUUGCAAUCACUCUUAACAACAGAGACAGGAUCGUUCUCCUAUGGCAGGGUGUUUAUGAACACAUAGCUAAUAUUGUUCAGUCAACUGUAAUGCCCUGUGCGUUAGUAGAGAAAGCCAUUUUUGGUCUCCUUCGGAUUUGCCAGAGAUUGCUGCCUUAUAAGGAAAGUCUGGCCGACGAACUUUUGAGGUCACUUCAGCUCAUGUUGAAACUCGAUGCUCGUGUUGCCGAUGCAUACUGCGAACAAAUCGCCCUUGAAGUCAGCCGUCUUGUGAAAGCUAACGCGAGCCACAUCAGGUCCCAGGCAGGGUGGAGAACAAUCACAUCCCUUCUGUCUAUCACAGCUCGGCAUCCGGAAGCUUCCGAAGCAGGAUUCGAUGCCAUAUCAUUCAUCAUGUCUGAUGGAUCUCACUUGUUACUGGCCAACUAUAUACUCUGUAUUGAUGCUGCAAGACAGUUUGCCGAGUCUCGAGUUGGACAAUCCGAGCGGUCAAUCUGUGCCCUCGAUCUGAUGGGAGGUUCCGUGGAGUGUUUGGCCAAGUGGGCCCGCACAGCUAGGGAGAGCAUGGAGGGAAAUGAAUCCGGCAGAAUGUUCCAAGAUAUCGGGGAGAUGUGGUUAAGGCUUGCUCAGGGAUUAAGGAAAGUGUGUUUAGACCAAAGAGAAGAUGUCAGAAGCCAUGCAUUACUGUCGUUACAGAAAUGCUUGGUUGGAGUCGACGGGAUCCAACUUGCUAACAACGGCAUGUGGGCUCAGUGCUUCGACAAAGUAAUAUUCACGGUCCUCGACGACUUGCUUGAAAUCGCUCAGGGAUCGCCAAAAGACUACUGGAACAUGGAAGGGACGAUGCAUCUGGCAAUCAAACUUCUAUCCAAAGUGUUUCUACAGCUACUCCGAGACCUGGCCCAGUUAACGACGUUCUGCAAGAUCUGGCUUGGCGUUCUGACCAGAAUGGAGAAAUACAUGAAGGUGAAAGUGAGAGGGAAGAAAAGCGAGAAGCUUCAAGAAGCGGUACCCGAUCUCCUCAAGAACAUAUUACAGGUGAUGAAGGCGAAAGGAGUGCUCGUGCAAAGGAAUGCUCUCGGUGGAGACAGCUUGUGGGAGCUAACAUGGCUUCAUGUCAACAACAUUUCCCCGUCUCUCCGAUCCGAGUUGUGCCCUGACCACGACCCUGCCCAACUUACGCAACCUGGAGGCGGCUCGGCUGUUGAUGAUGCUGUCGCAAACCCUCCAAAUGGGUUAGCUGGUUCAGAAGGAGCCGCUGCUGCCACGGGUUAACACGUUGGGUUAAACCAUUUCAUGUGUACAUCCAUAUGACAGUGAAGCUGCUGGUUCCUAUAGUUCAUCUACGUUUGUGGUGUGUCUCGACCACUGGUAAGGAGUCUCUAGAGCCAAUACGGGAAAAGGAAGAGUCAGAUAAAUGUUCCUUAACGUGGUACCCAGCAGCUGAUGAUGAUGGUGAUGAUGAUGUUUGUUGUAUCCAUUUUCUGAGUUUUUUUA